UGUUACUCUGGGACUUGUCCUAAAAUCGCCCGUGAAGCAGCGACUAACCGGAAAUGAACGAUGACUAAUACUCUGGCCGCUGGGACAUGUGAUGAUGGCUGCGAUAAGAUUGAGGAGAUUAGAUCCUGCCCGGAGAUAUCCAUUCAAUGCAUCAUCUGACACCCGAUCUUAUCGCACGUGCUCGGCAUCUACCGUCGCCCUUCCCCAGCUAUCUUCCGACGAAACACCCAACAACCCAAAGUUGCAGAGAUCUCGAAUAACCAGCGACAAAAAAAAAGUCCACAGGCGAGCGAACCCACAACACCAACUUCACGUCACCUCCAACUGCAGACGACCGACCCCAAACAUACAACACACACCCACCCAAACCAAAAAAAUAGAGUGUACUUUACACACACACGGAAAUUCCCAAUCCCUUGCCUUGCCUCUCCAGCACAGCUCGCUUCCUCUCGCCAAUCGCAACGCACAUGUCCCUCGCCAGAACCACCGCUCGUCGCACGUUCCUGUCGAGUCAGCUCCAGAGCCUUCGCCUAUUUCCUUCGGCACCGGCGUAUGGGAUCCACUCUAGUGCUGCAACACGUGCUGCACAGCAGCAGCAGCAGCAGUCGUCCCCGAAGAAGCAAAUAUCUUUGAACCGUGGUGAUCCGAGCGUGAAGAAGUGGGCCGAACUGUCGAGAGGCCAGAGGGCGGUGCGCACGGCGAGCACCGGUGCGAGUGCUGCCACGAUUCUGGUCGGACUGGCUGUGACGGGAGCGGUCUUCACAUUUGUCUACCUCGAGGUGAUAGCGCCAGACUCGGUCACGAACUGGUUCAAUCGCGCGCACGCACGGGUCAAGAGCGAUCCGCAGUGCGUGCAACUUCUGGGUGCGGGAACGAUAAAGGCCUACGGUGAAGAGACGUGGAAUCGCUGGGCAAGGAAUAGACCGAUUGCAGCAAGCGUAAGCACAGAUCGGUCCGGGACGGAGCACCUUCGGGUACACUUCAAUGUCGAGGGCGAUCUGGACAAGGGCGUGGUCAACCUCCACCUAAUCAAACGGCCGGGCCAGAAGGAGUACGAGUACAAAUAUCUAUACCUUGACGUUGCAGGGAGGAGCAGAGUGUACUUGGAAAAUGUAGAUGAUACACAGAGGAUAGGCGAGGGAGGCAAGAAAAAGUUUUUGGGCGUGAGAUGGGGUUGGUAGUUAGUCGAGUGGAGGACUGGUAGUAUCUACUGUAGUGCACACGAGGAAAGCGGAUUGAAAGUGGGAUAUUUGUACUGGUACGGGUGAGAAGAAGAUCAUGAUGAAGAUCAAGAUGAAGAAGAGGCAGAACUACUAGUAAAACGUAGCACGGA